CAGGAAGGGAAAAGAGAGGAACAUUUAUGAAUAUCUAAUUCAUACUUCUCUCCCUCUAAUGCCAUGAAAUAUCGUAAAUUUAAUGAAGAUGAAGGAGCUAAGGAAAAAAUUUCUGAACGAUUGCACAAACUUUAUGAUGAUAUUGCAGGUCUGGGAAGCAUGGGCCUGUUUAGGCAGUUUCUUCAACUUUUGUGGAAGAACCUUAUAUUAAGAAAACGUCAAAAGCAUGUGUUGCUGUUGGAAGUAGUGUGGCCUGUGUUUAUAUUUUUGGUGGUGAUCAUCAUUCGGCAAGGCACACCACCCGUCAAAAAGGAUACAUGUUCCUACAAUGAGCACGCUAUGCCCAGCGCUGGACUGGUUCCAUUUCUUCAGUCCACGGUCUGCAAUCUACAGAAUCCAUGUGAGGCACGGAGCAGUAUAGAAAUAAAGCAAAACAAUAUGAACAGUUUUGCUGCAGCUAUACAAGAUUUGACUCCACAUUUCUCAAGCGAACCGACUCUUAAGGCCCUGAAGUCUGUUAAGACUGGGAUGAAGCUAGCUAACGCCAUAAGUGACAUCUCAAAGAAUGGGUCUCUGUCAAACCUGAUGAACGACACCAGUUUCCAGCUGAAGAAAUUUUUUCGAGACCCUGACAAGAUGAAGGACAUAUUUGUCAAUGACCUUGGGGUGAUGACCAGUGACGUAGCUGACGCACUGCUCAACGCGGAACUCAAUAUUCCAGAGGUCCUUCACAAUAUUGGUUCUAUAGACUUCCGGGACAUUGUCUGUGAUCAGGACAGGCUGAUGGAAUACAUGAUGUUCCGGAUAGAGGCCAACGUGACGUCAGUGUCCAGAUCGCUUUGUGCUAUCCCCGAGAGCAGGAUCCCAGAGAUCACUAAUGUGGUACAGAACCAGAUAGACGUGGCCGCCAUUAUCAGAGUGUCUAAAACACUGACCGCCCUGACGAUGGAUUAUACGCUGACGGACGCGCUAGAAGACAUCGCCACCAUGACAGACCUCUUGUACGGAACCUCCAACUUCAUGAGCAUCAUCCGGGACCUUCCAGACCUCAAGGAUCUCCCCGAUAUCAUGCACAAAAUCCCGGGGCUGGUGGAGUCUGUCAUCAGACUCGGAGUCACUGAUCUCUCCUGGAUGACUGAUCUAGUUAAGUUUCUGGAUCCAAUCAUUGAUCGUAUAGACCCUGACAAUGUGGGGUGGAACGUCACUAAAGAAAUAGUCGGGGUAGUCUUAGACGUCUCAAGUAUAGCAAACGGAAAGGCUAUUAACAUGACGGACUUGGUUGGGAAACAGAAGGAAGUGAUGGAAAUGUUAGAGUCAAGAAACAUGAGCUUGGAUUGGUUGUCCACGGUACCUAACGUCAACCUUGACAACGCUGUAAACGCCAUGUCUGCUCUGUUCAGUGGCAAUCUUACAGGGCUUAACGAAACAACUAUCCUGCAUGGUAUGAACGAGCUCCAGAAUUUCACCGAGAUGAUCAUCGGAAACAACAGUCAAUUCAUCAUGGACUCUAUUGAUGGCACCAUGGAUAUCCUGGCCACGGUCAUGGACGUCAUGCUUGAGCUGGAAAAGAGUUUGAAUUCAACCUUUGUGUACAAUCAAGAUAUAAUGGAUGCCUUUACAACAUUGAUUACUAACGGUCCAAACUUGACAAAGUCUGUGGUUAUGGAGUUCAUAGAACCACAUAAUUUACUGGCCAUAGUAAACAACACCAAGGACUAUCCUGCUAUUUGUAAACAGAUCGUGGAGAAAAUCAUGUCUUCCGAAAAGAGCCAUGCCCACAUCUCCAAACUGGAAAACAGUCUAUGUAGUCACAAAAUUGCCAAAAGCAUUGAGACCAAUAUACAGCUGUGGGAGGAAGUGUUUAAUAAACAGAUCCAGCCUAUGAUAGACAAUGUUGUAAACGGAACCGUUAGACGUGUGGAAAUGGCCACGAUCUACCAAAAGGCCAAAGCCCUGGUCUCAGGAGUAGAGGAACUGUACGGAAGGGGCAGUGUAUGGGAAUCUAUGAUCCGGAGAAUGGGUUUUCCAACCAUCAAUCCCAUGGCCGAGGAAUGGCAGACAUUCUUCAGAGACACACAAACAUAUCUCAUCCAGGGAAGUUGGCCAGUGGUAGUUGUCAAGACUGGACAGUACCUAGAGAACUCACCGAUGUGGAACACUAUUGGUCCAAUUGUAAAAUCCAUCAGUUUAGUCAUGCAAGACCAGGUGGACAAAAAUAGGAAAUUGGAAGAACUAACUCGUGAAAACUCAACCAUGAUGACCCUGAUGAAGUUUGUGGUAAACUAUUCUCCUGAAAUUGCAACGGCGUCCAUGAAAAUGAUGCAGAAUGCUACUAUGAUCCAGACUAUAGCCAAACAAGGUUUUACGUUGGAAUCUUUUUGUGACAAUCACAUGCUGCAAGAAAUGGGUAUGCCUAGCUAUGUACCUGUGGAUACUGUAGAAAACAAAAUAUGUACCACUAACUGGACGGCCAUGAUGACUAAGGUGGUCUCUAUUGUGGACACAAGCUCAAUGAGUGCAGAGAUUACAAGGUAUAUGACCGACAAGAGCACCAGCACCAAUGUAGAUUGGGAUCAGAUGGUAUAUAAUAUACAGAGUAUGGUGUCAAUGGAGCAGAACUCGGUGUCAUACAUGAUUGAAUCCAUGAUGUCCUUCAACUUCAGUAAACUUAGUGAAACUGUGGAUGUGAUGUUGAAGCAAAUAACAGAGCCAACGAUGAUGUCCAACGUGGCAUCAAACAUGAGCAUGAUGAGUGUUCAGAAUCUUAUGAGUCUGGGUGCUGGUUUUGUGCCAACUCUGCAACAGCUAGAUGUACAACUAGAAAAUGUGACAGAGUGGAAAAUGGUGAAGUACUAUAUUAAUGUGUGGAACAGUAUCUCAAAAAUGGCACUGGAAUUCCUUCAAGAUUCCAUGUCAGACCUUGACAAAUACCUUAUGGAUUUAUCUCCCACUUUUGCGGACUUUUUGAACACUGUGAACAGUUCCGCUCCAUCACUAUUUAAAGCAUUGGAGAAGGCCACUCUUCACCCUGGUGUGCUGUUACAGAAGUUGCUGACUACGGACCUGGCGGAGGUCUGUCAUGGCGUGAGGGUCUGGGAUCUCCUGGACAGCCCCGCCCUGGCGCCGUACGAGACUCACCUGUGUCAGGUAGACUGGACUCAGGUGUACAGGGAGGUCCUGGACAACACUGGGCUGUCUGCCAUCUUUAACGAUACUAUGGAAACUGCAAUUCAUGAAAAAGUGUAUGUCAACUGGAAUGAGACAUACUAUCACACAGAGCGGCUGUUUGAAGAAGUCUGGAGAGUUCUCUCUCAUCCUUCAGACUUAACGUCCACCCUAGAUAAAUUCUACAAUAUACAGCUGGGGAAAACUAACAUGACGUGGGAAAGUCUUCUGUCCUUGUAUAAUACAACACAACACAUGGAUUUGACAAAGCUUGCAGAAUUGGCAAACCAAAUUCCAGCAGUUUUAGAAAUGUUAAACAAGCUCACUGGAAAUUCCUCUUCUAUUUCUUCCUUACUUGGCAUGCAGUCCCAGUUUCUCUACCAAACUUACUCCAUCCAGCAGUUUAUUAUCAACCAACUACAGUUUUUUAAUGACACUACCCAUGUGACUCUGUCUGUGUAUCUGAACUCCCCUGAGCUGGACCGACUGUUUAACCAGCUGUCUGAUUCCCCAGCAAUGAGCGGGGUCCUGUAUAGGAUUAUUGUCAACGUUGUGUUUGAUCCCUCAAAGAUGACAAACCUGACUAAGUCCGCAGACAGGUUCUGUGUUGACUCUGGAUUUCUGACUCCGUUUGUGUCGCCCAGUGACAUCCAGUCUGCGGAGAAGUUAAGGAACGACAUGUGUGACACCAUUAACAUGAACGUAACGGCUUUAUUACACGAGCUGUCACAAACACAUGGCUUUAAUCAAUUAAUGGAAUCUUUACAGAAGACUGAUAACUUUCCAGCUAUCAACAUGAGUUCAAUCACAGAACAAUCUGAGAAACUAACCAAGUUGAUUACGGACCUAAUUACGCACCCUCCCACCAUCAGCCUGACUGAUAACGAGGCCUGGUUAAACGGAACUCUCUACACACAGGAGUUUACAGACUUCCUACAGAGACUCACCGACAAAACGACCACCACAGAUAUCAUACAGAAUGGACAGUUGGCAGAACUCUCCAAUCUGAUCCCAGCUAUAUUUGAGAUGAUCAAUAAAAUGACUGGAAAUUCCUCUGAAUUUUAUUCCUUAAUUGCCAUGCAAUCACAGUUAACCUACCAGACUUAUUCCAUCAAUAAGUUCAUCAUUAAACAACUGCGGUAUUUUAAUGAUUCCACACAUGUCACAUUAACCACUUAUUUUAGUUCCCCGGAACUGACCCGAUUAUUGAAUCAGAUCUCAGACUCGCCAGAAAUGAGUGGAGUGUUGUUCAGAACACUGGUCAACAUCAUGUAUGAUGCACAGAAGACACAAUACCUUACAAACAACGCAGAGAAGUUCUGUACGGAGGCCGGUGUAUUAACUCCAGUGGUGGAUCCAAGUGAUGUUCAGAAAGCCGAGAAGCUGCGUAAUUACGUGUGUGAUACCCUGAACAUGAAUGUCUCGGCGCUCUGGCAGCAGCUCUCAGAAGGUCAUGGAAUUUCACAGCUUAUAGAGGCACUAGAGAAGACUGAUGGUUUCCCGUCUAUCAAUAUGAGUUUAAUCACUGAGCAGUCGAUUGAGAUGUCCAAGUUGAUUACUGACCUAAUAAUGCACCCUCCCACCAUCAGCCUGACUGAUAACGAGGCCUGGUUAAACGGAACUCUCUACACACAGGAGUUUACAGACUUCCUACAGAGACUCACCGACAAAACGACCACUACAGAUAUCAUACAGAAUGGACAGUUGGCAGAACUAUCUAAUAUGAUACCAGCUGUACUAGAGAUGAUUAAUAAGAUGACUGGAAAUACCUCCGAAUUUUCUUCCUUAAUUGCCAUGCAGUCACAAUUAACCUUCCAGACUUAUUCCAUUAAUAAGUUUAUUAUUAAACAACUGCAAUAUUUUAAUGAUUCCACACAUAUCACACUUACCACCUAUUUAAGUUCCCCGGAACUGACCCGAUUAUUGAACCAGAUCUCGGACUCACCAGAAAUGAGUGGAGUGUUGUUCAGAACUCUGGUCAACAUCAUGUAUGAUGCACAGAAGACACAAUACCUUACAAACAAUGCAGAGAAGUUCUGUUCUGAGGCCGGUAUAUUAACUCCAGUGGUGGAUCCAAGUGAUGUCCAGAAAGCUGAGAAACUGCGUAAUUACGUGUGUGAUACCCUGAACAUGAAUGUCUCAGCACUUUGGCAGCAGCUCUCAGAAGGCCACGGAAUACCACAGCUUAUAGAGGCACUAGAGAAGACUGAUGGUUUCCCGUCUAUCAAUAUGAGUGUAAUCACAGAGCAGUCUAUGGAGAUGUCCAAGUUGAUUACGGACCUAAUAAGCCACCCUCCCACCAUCAGCCUGACGGAUAACGAGGCCUGGUUAAACGGAACUCUCUACACACAGGAGUUUACAGACUUCCUACAGAGACUCACUGACAAAACAACCACCACAGAUAUCAUACAAAGUUUGAUGACAGCUUCCUACCAGAAGCCAAUAAUCGACGCCAUUACUGCACCCCUGGCUAACGUGACAGAGUUCCAGACCAUUGUACAGGUCACAGACUGGUUCCUGACAGAACUCAAAGACAAGAUACUGACCGGAAGUUCUGAUGCUAUGAAGGAUAUCAUUGCGGAGUUCAAAGGUUAUCCACAAAUGGAGCGUCUGUUAAAUCUUUUAGACCAGCUGCCAAGCUUCUACCAAACCUUGCUCUACAACAUUGUCCAUCACAUGGAGAAGUUGCCUGAGAUGUUUACCGCUGUGUCCAAGGGCUGGGCUGGGUUCUGUAAUCAAACAGACACACUGAUUUAUGAUGACCCAUCACAGACAUUUAGUGCCAAAGCCUUCCUUGGAGAACUGUGCCUCUUGGACUUUGAUGAAAUGAUGAAUGAAGUUUCAAGAUUUCAGGUGUCCAACAAGUCAGCUGCUUCAUCUCUGAAUGCCAGUGCUGGAUUAGAGGACAUUAUCCAAAAGGUAGAGGACAUCGUCAAAAUGAUGAACACCUCAGCUGUUGAUAAUCUGCCCAAAUUCAUGCAGCUGGAAGUCUGGAACAAUGCCUCGUCCACACUGGUCAAAUCGCUGACAGAUCCUCAGAUGAUGUCCACUUGGAUAAGUGGCGGAUUGAGUAGCCUGACCAGUACACUGACCAUGAUAGAUGGAGGUAAACAGUUGCUCCAGGUCUUUGAUGCCGCGUUCACUCUCACUAAAGCUGUUUGGACAAGAUUCAGUAGUCAGAAAAAUGAGUCAGUGUUAGACCUGUUGGAACUGCUGAAUGGAGCUGACAACACACAGAAAUUAUGGAACUUGAUACAACAACCAGGUUCUAUUGAGGUUCUCAUCCACUCGGCCAACACACCACAGUUUAACCAGCUUGUACAGAAGAACCUGACUGAGGCUUUGCUGGAUCUGUGUGCUCCCUCCAGAGGGAAGUUUACUCAGAUCUUCACAGCCCCCGCGGGGGUGACGGCCAACAUAACUGACCUACAGAACAGGCUGUGUGCGGUCAAUAUCACACAACUGACCACAGAGUGGGAGAACAUCAUAGAUUUACACACCGUAAAACUCAUGGUGGAUCCCAGUCACCAGCCGUCCCUGAACUGGACAGAGGUCACCUUGUUCUUUGAUGAGAUGACCAGGACGAUAUCGGAGUGGACGGUACACCCACCCCUAGUGACCGGGUAUCCUAGCAGAUGGUCAAACGAGUCCUACUGGCUUAACUUGUUGAUGCAGCAGCCGGCCUCCUCAGGGUCAUUGACCAACAUAACCACUCAGUUAAAAAGCAUUUUGGAUGCCAUGUCACCAUUCUUGGACCAGGAACCCAUCAAAACAUACGGUUUGUUUCUGGAAAAAUUGCUCAAUUUAACCAAUCGCGAACUAGAUGUGAUGGCCGGUGGGAACUUCACAAACUUACAAGAUCUGGUUCACUAUGUCCCGGCCCUGGAGAAGGUAAUGUUAGCACUGAAUCUGAGUGAGGACACGGCCGAACAGUUAAUGAUGUCACCAAUUAAAAACCCGUCUGAGCUCGUUAAGAUGCUGAUCAGUGACCAGCCUCUAGACAUGCUUUGUUCUGUUGAUUUCUGGCAGAGACUGGUCUACUGGUCCAAUAGUACCAGUCCUCUGUCCUCAAUGCUGUGUCACCUUAACGAGACUGAUGUAAUUAAGGUAAUUAUUGACUCACUCAAGGUAUCAGACCUUGUCAAAAUUCUGGAAAAUGGGACGUCAACCCAGAAACCGAACUGGAUGAACAUCGUGGAUGAAGUCAUGCAUAUGGUGAGAUCUGUUGAAGGGUUGAUCAGCAAUUCUUCCUUCCAUCUAAGUUUAGACGGUGCCUUUGACAAUGUAAUGAAGGCUUACUCCACACAGAAUAACGUUGAUGAUUUCUCUGCCCUGUUUAAAGUAUACGGAGAGCUGGCCCUGAUGUUCAACAACACAGAGGUUUGGCAGAAGGUGAAUGAGUUCUUACAGACGGGGGAGGUACUGAUGACCUCAGCAGUCAGGUUCAUGGACCGACUGGUCUCUCUAGACCCAAAUGAUAUCACAGGAAUGAUUCUAGGCCUGAUGAAACCAUAUAAGAUAUCAGACUUGUUUACAAAGGACAUGGAUUUGUGGGGCGUGUACAACUUGACCUGUAAUGCAACAGCCUGGAGAGAAUUGUUUCAUUUUGCUCCCACCACCAACAUCACAGCUUUGACCAACCUAGCAUGCUUUAUGAACCAAAAAGAGGCUACCCAGUUUAUUACAACUCUAUUGAUGAGAAAUCAGAGUCUCCCUCCGGUUGAUAUUCAACAAUUCUUGAAGACGGUAGAGAAGUUCAACAAUAAGUUUGCGAUGUUUUUAAAUGGUUCCAGCAACAUGGCCGAGAUCAACAUGACGGCAUUUCAACGACAGCUCGAGCAGGAAUUAGCCAUUCUUCCACAAACGACAUCCCCCAUUAUGAUGGAGAGCUUGGAGAAAUACUUUGCUGCCAUGAACUCGUCAGAUUGGGGGAAGGUGACAGCAGUAGUGAAUGGAAUGACAUUGUGGCUCAAAAUGUUGGCAGCUAAACUUGAAAAUAUAGCAGACCAGCCCCUGAGUCUCUCUGUGAUCCUGGGAGGAGCCAGUACAGACCCCGCAGUGAAGUUCAUACUGAGUAAUGAAUUCCUCAACAGUAUAGGGGAUAUCAAAGUCAACCCACAAAAGUUGUCCUCAGCCCUUCAGAAUAUGACUGACUCGGGACACGUGUGUCAGGCAAUCUUACAGUCUCUGUCUACCCCAGCUAACAAUGCCACCAUGCUCCACCUCCAGAAUUUAGUCUGCAGCCUUAACCAGUCCUCUGUACUAGAGGCAGCUAUGACCGGCUUCCUGGCCAAUCAUCAGUUUGCUAAACAAUUCCAGGCCGUGAUAGAUGAAUCUAAGAGUGGACAGUUUGCCCUGAACAUGAGCGCUUAUAGCCAGGCAGCAACAGAAUUCAACACAGCCAUCCUACGCCUGGUCAUGAGAAACUGGACAGGACAGAGUCUGGACAACAUCUUCAAUAUGUCUGCCCUGCUUAAUUCUAUCCAACGAUUAGAACAAUCAUUCCAGAAUGAAAUGAAUGAAAAUCUUCUGAAAAUGGCACCAGUCUUGCUGCAGUCAACACUAGGAGCUGUUCCAGAUCCAGCGGUCGCUAAAACUGUAAUGUCUGUCAACAUGUUCUUAAAGUUUGCUAAUGAUAAACUGAGGUUCUUAAAAGGAUCUUUGGGAAUAAGUAAUGUCUUCCAGAACUCCUCUGCUCUGAUAGAUUACUUCAAUGCUGUACAGAAGCUGACAAACAAUGGAAUUCAAGAAGUCCAGAAAAUGAAUUUUACACAGCUGAUAGAUUCUUUGAUGAACGUUGGCUCCAUAGAGAACCACUGCACACAUGGGACGAUUGGCCCGUACUUUGGAUUGACACCUGACUCUCCAUGGAUCCCCAUUCUGUGUGCGGAUUACGAUCAACUUCUGAGUUCUCUAGAUAAUCUCACAGAUUCUUCUUCCAUUUCAAAACAGUUGAUGGACAUUUGGAAUGCCAGCAGUACCGUGGUGGUCGACUGGAGCGCCCUCAGUAACAACAUGGAUACCUUCAGCUCUCUCCUGACAGAACUGGUCAGGACCCCACCCACAUUCUCACUGACCGCUCUCCUGGACACCAACCACACCAUGAACAUCAUCUCCCAGUACAUCAACAAUCCGCAAAGAAUUGUGGAGUUUAUGCUACAAACCAGUAUUAUGGACAAGCUUCCUCCAAUACCAGAGACCUUCAGAGGCAUGUUUAAUGUCAUUACAGAGAUGCUGGCAUUCUUAAAUGAUACUCAGAAUGUGAAAGGACUGGCAGAUAUCUUCAAGACUUGGUCUUCACUGAAUACGCGAUAUGAACUGGCCUCCAGUCGCUUCAAUAAGCUAGUCAUCUUGAUCUUGGCUAUAUACUACACAGAGAGAAGUGUAGAGCUGAUCCCAGAUCCAGCACCAAUAGCCUGGAGUGAGAUGCUUAAUGAGGUCAAAAAGGUCAUGACAGCCUUGACCUCAGGAAAUCAGAGGGACUGGGAAACCUUCCUCACCCAACAAACAUCGGUCAACGACACCAUCCAACAAAUUAUGGACUGGUUGAAGUUCUUUGAACAAGAGUUUCACAUGGGUAUAGGAGAGUUCUUCAAUGUGUUUGUGCCAGUCAGUAACAUGUUCAACAAGCAAAUUGAUAGAGUCAAAGGUUUGGGUCACAAUAUUUCCCUUUCUGCAUUCCUACCUGUAAACAACACAGAGCUGGCUAGUUUGAUUGGAGAUGAAAUAAACCACCCCUCAGCUGCUAUCCUUGUAUCAGCUGUAGUCGCCCCAGAUGUGUUGAUGAAUCUAAUAGGGAAUGGCCUUUGGAAUGAGACCAUGUGUGACCUGACUAAGUUCCAGUCUACUUUCACUUUCCCUGCUGAGACAGAUGUGAAGAAGCUUCAGGCUGACCUGUGUAAGGACAUGCAGGAACCGGGCUCAUUUAUCAACAAACUCAUGGAGGAUUUGAAUGUCAAAGACAUUGCAAAGAUUACGGAUUCUUACACUCCGGUGGACUGGCAAAAUGCUGUCAUAAAGCUAGUAGGAUCCUCAUGUCUACAGUGUAAGUAUGGUCCUCAUGUCUACAGUGUAAAUCUGUCCUCAUGUCUACAGUGUAAGUAUGGUCCUCAUGUCUACAGUGUAAAUCUGGUCCUCAUGUCUACAGUUGUAAGUAUGGUCCUCAUGUCUACAGUGUCCUCAUGUCUACAGUGUAAGUGUGGUCCUCGUGUCAGCAGUGUAAGUAUGGUCUUCAUUUCUAGUGUAAGUAUGGUCCUCAUGUCUACAGUUGAUCUAGAGGGCACCUGUAAUAACCUGGUGAUGUAUGCCUCUGAUUCGAUGUCCUAUAGACGAGAGGUAGAACCGAUACUUACAGCUGUCAGAACUAAUCUACAGAGUACCAAGAUACAGCUACAGCUUCAAUUAGAAUUGGAAGACUUCAUGUGUGAUAUAUCAAGCAUGAACAUGUCAUCUCUACUUCGCAAUUUGGAAUCGAAGAAUAUUUCACAACAGAUUCAGGAGUACAUUAGUGUGAUGACAUUACAGAACUCCAGCAGAUUUGAAUGCCACUCACUGUUCACGACUCUGAAGGAGAUCACGGAGUUGUUUGAGAGGAUGGUCAAUCAGACCUACCUUGAUGGUGCCAGGACGAUGCAGUGUCUGGAACAAAUUACAAUGCUACCAUCCAAACUAUUCUCAGGAGAUUUCAUGGAGUCCAUUAAAUCCAUUUCUCGUCUGAUGGUGGACGGAAUGUCUGUGCUGAAUCAGCCAUUCAUGCAGAACAAUGAAGUCCUGAAGAUGAUUACAUCUGUAUUCCAGAAACUAGCUACAGAAGAUCUAACAUCAGCUGGAGUCUUGGUUUCCAAUCUUCUGAGUUCAAACUCCACAAUGGCUGAGAAGUUACAGGACAUCUUAAACCUGGCACCAGAAGCUGCCUCUGUGUUCCUUAAUGCUACAAUCAAACCAGAAUUUAUAAGCUUGUUAGUCAACAAUUCUGAGGAGGCAGCAGCCAUCCUUUGUAACCCUGACAGACUGGAGAAGUAUGUAGAACUACCUGGGGAGCUGAUGAAUUCCGUCCAGAAUGUGUCCGCUGUAUUGUGUGGUACAGAUCCAGGACAGGCCGCAAACACGGCUAAAAUUAUAGGAGAUUUACUGGGAGCUACUGCCAAAAUUGUUAAUACCCAGGACUUUGGUAGUCCCUCCUGGUGGAACCACAUUAGUGGAGAUAUUACAGAUAUCAUUGGGAAGGUUCAGAAGCUGGGCCUCUUUAACCUGACCUCUAUUGAUUUAGACAGCGUAGACAUGAAGACAGUACUACCGUAUAUACAGGAACUGAUCUACAGGAACGGCCCUGAUGCUCUGGCAGACAGUUUGGUGGAGCUUUUGGAUGAUUUCAAGCCCAUUAUGAAUGACACCUUCAUGAUAAGUGUGACCUCUGACAUUGAGGUCAUCAUAAGAGGCCUGACCUCUCUGAAGGCCAUCAGAAACUUCAUACCAAGAACAGUGUUAAUUAGGACCGUGUUGAAGGACCCCGCCACCUUCCAUGACUAUCUGACCAACAACCUGACACUGUCAGAUGAUGACGCCACUGCCAUUAUAGAGGGGACAAUCAACUACGCUUCUCUAAUGAGUCUGAGGGUAGAAGAUUUUGGAGACUAUGUCUGUAAUGUUACCAGCCUCGAUAAGCUGUUGAAUGUGACGUCCACAAAAGUCAGUAUUUCUGACGUUAGUAAAUCCUUGUGUGGCAUUGGAGAGGACAAGGUUGUUUCUUUUGUGGAGAGUAUGUUGCAGAACAUGGAUCUUGGAAAACUUGUGCAACAGUAUGUCAGUAUGUCUUCUGGUAAGUUCUUGGAGCAUGCUCAGUUGACUCCUUCAGAAGUUCAGGAUGCAGUGAAGUCCAUGAGUGAUAGUAGCUCUGAGCUCAAUGAUCUGGCCAAUCUAUUUAAUAACAAGUCCAGCCAACUUGGUCUCAGCAUGGGGACCUUUGAUGCUCUUCAUGGCUCGGGGCCCUCCUCUGUCUCCUCUCUGUAUGACAUGAUCUGUGGGACGGGGAAGAGCACCGCCAUCAAGGACACCACCGGAGUAUCCUCCAUCUCUGCCAAAACCACCCAAUCCCAGCCCACCACCCACCUCACCCCCGACCAGCAGGCAGAACAACAGACACUGCCAGGUGAGUUCUGUCAGGACAUGUAUGAGACCAUUAUCCAGAUGAGCCACGGACCGGUGAUCUGGUCCUACCUUAAACCCCUCAUCAUGGGAAAAAUCCUCUACUCCCCGGAUACCCCCGCCACACGCAGCAUGAUCGAAAAGAUGUACAACAGCAGUUUCAAGGUGUUGGCAGAAGUCAAGGAUUUAGCAGAGCAAUGGUCAAAUGGUACCCAGGAUUUAGGAGAGUUCUUAUCUAACACUGCUGCCAUAGCAAUGGUUAAGAGCCUGGACGGUAACAAUUUCCUGAACAACCUCCUAGAAUCAACUCUGCAGGUGUCCUCAUCUGAUGUGAUGAAUGGAUUUUACACGCUGGACUCUCUCAGUAGUAACCAGGUCCUCAAUAUCUCCCAGUUCUUCCGACUCCUUGCCAACUACACCCAGUGUGUUUCCACUGACAGAUUCGUACCGAUGUCAACUGAGAGACAAAUGGAACUCAUGGCCAUACAGCUUCACCAGAACAAUACUUACCUAGCAGGAAUUGCAUUUCAAAUGGAAACAACAGGAAGAAAGAAAAGACAGACAACUUCAGAUUCUAUUCCUAAACAUGUGAUCUACAAAAUCAAGAUGGACAUUGAAAAUGUAGAGAGCACAAGAAGACUGAAAGAAAAAUUCUGGAGGCCCUACCCAGAGGACGAUAUGUUCCUGGAGAUGAGAUAUUUCCGAGGAUUUAUUCAGCUCCAGGACAUGUUAGACCGUGCCAUUAUAAAUCUCCAGACCGGCUCCGAUGUCAACAACACAGUGUUCCUACAGCAGUUCCCCACUCCCUGCUAUGUUAAUGAUAAAUAUAUGGAGCUGUUGAGUUCAUACCUUCUGCCGAUCAUGAUGACUAUAGCCUGGCUGGCCGCCAUAUCAGUCGCGACUAAAAAUCUGGUGUACGACAGGGAAAACGGCCAAGAGGAGGCUCUGAAGAUAAUGGGCCUGAACUCUGUGAUGACCUGGUGGGUGUGGUUCCUGUCCACCAUGCUGAUGAUGACCAUUAUUUCCCUCAUUUGUCUCCUGGUACUGAGGGUGGGGGGACUCUUCACCUACACAAACUUCGGCAUCAUCAUCCUCUACUUCCUGGCUUUCUGCUUCUCCAGCACAAUGUUGUGUUACAUGGUGGGUGCGUUCUUCACUCAGGCCACGCUGGCUAUCCUGUUUGUGAUCAUCAUCUAUCUCCUCUCUUACCUCCCCUACAUCGUCCUCAUCGCCAUGUCGGCUGAGAUGGAGUUCUGGCAGCAGAUCCUCGCUUGUCUGUCCUCGACUACGGCGUUCGGGUUCGGAUCUCAGUACCUGGCUCACUACGAGAUCCAGAUGAUCGGGAUUCACUGGGAUAACAUGGACUCCAGUCCUAUAGAGGGAGAUCAGAUGAACUUCCAUUGGUGCCUGAUCAUGAUGGCCUUAGAUGGUGUUAUAUAUCUUCUGAUUGGCUGGUACAUCAGAGGGGUCAAACCAGGAAAGUAUGGAGUUCCUGAGCCUUGGUAUUUCCCAUUAUCUCCCUACUACUGGGGAUGUAUAAAAUCCACCGUGAAAUCAGCCGACAAAUACAGAACAAGCUCAGGCACUGGUGCUUUACUGGAGGAGUACAGCAAGGACAGAAAAGUGGGAAUGUCUUUAAGACACCUCUCUAAGAAAUUCGGGAAUCAGGAAGUGGUCAAAGAUCUAAACUGUGACUUCUUUGAGGGUCAGAUCACUGUUUUACUGGGUCACAAUGGGGCCGCCAAGUCCACUACAUUGAAUAUGAUGUGUGGGAUUCUACAGCCUACUCAUGGUAAGGUGUCGAUAUAUGGACAUCGAGCCAGACACGGGGCCAAGAAGAUAGGAAUCUGUCCUCAGUACAACGCUCUCUUCCAUUACAUGACAGUUCGAGAACACUUGGAGUUUUAUUCUGCCAUCAAGUCUGAUGCUUCAAAGAGUAAAAUGAAAAAGGAGAUUGACAGUUUGUUGCACGACGUGGACCUAUGGAAUGUUCAGGACACGCUGGUGUCUACCUUGUCUGGCGGUAUGCAGCGGCGACUCUGUGUAGCUCUAGCCUUCGCUGGGGAUUCUAAGGCAGUCAUUCUGGAUGAACCAACAAGUGGAGUAGACCCCAGCGCAAGGAGAAGCAUCUGGAACCUGCUGGUCAAACGCAAAAUGAGAUGUACAAUUCUGCUGUCGACCCACUUCCUGGAUGAAGCAGACACGAUCGGGGACAGAAUCGCCGUGAUGCACAAAGGCCAGAUCCUGUGUACGGGGUCACCAAUGUUCCUGAAGGAGAAAGUGGGCAGUGGUUAUCACCUCAGAUUUGCCAAAGCAGAUACUUGUAAUACCAAUGAGGUAUUGGCAAUGGUGAGGAACUUCACACCAGAAGCUGAAAUCGUCACCGAGCUCGGAUCAGAGGUCAUAAUGUCAUUACCUUUUGCAAGUGACCAAUCAAAUCAGUUCUUCAAAUGCCUGUACAACCUGGACAAGGGGGCAUCAUCACUUGGUGUUAACAAUUAUGGGGUGUAUGAUACCACACUUGAGGAGGUUUUCCAAAAAGUGUGUUCAGUAGCAGACAAAGACAUGACCUUGACAGAAGAGGUUCUACUGGAAUGUCGCCAAAAACCCAAAAUGGAGGACCCAGAGAAAGAAGAGGCAGAGGAUCAGACUUCUCAAAGCAGUGCCAGUUAUUCAAUGCACUUCUCUGGAGACAAACGAAAGGGUCUGAUUGGUCACAAACUGGGUCAGUUUAGCGGCAUGCUGAUCAAGCGUUUCCACCACUACCGCCGGGACUGGCGUAUGUUUCUCUCAGUCUUCCUGCUCCCCCUGGUGUUUAUGACGGCUAGUCUGGGUCUGAUGGAGCUACAGCCACAGAUAGGAAAUGCCCCCGCCAAAAUCCUCACUCCACCUCUGUAUGGACCAAGAAGUCACGCUUUUGUCAAAGAUAAUGUCAACAGUGAUAUGACCAGGUAUAUGAUAGACAGCAUGAAGUCACGUCCUGGAUUUGGAACCACCUGCAUGAAGAAUACUAACUUUGGACCUCCCUUUGAGUGUGUUAACCCAGACCCAGGGUUCUCUACAGUGACCAGUGGACAGAAGUAUGAUAACUGUACUUGUGAGAACAAUAAGUACGUCUGUAGUCACAGGACGAUGUACCAGGAUGUCCCUCACAUGACGACCCGCACAACUACUCAGCUGUAUAAUCUACAGGAUAAAGACAUAGACCAAUACUUACUGCAGACCUCACAGAGAUUCUUAUGGAACAGGUUUGGUGGACUUUCCUUUGAUCCAGUUUCUGGUGACCCAAUGACAAUGAAGUCAACAGUUUGGUUCAACAACAAAGGAAGACAUGCCCUGCCCUCCUUCUAUAAUGCCCUGUCUAACACCAUGCUGAGAGCUACACUGUCUGAUGCUGGUGUAACUGACACAGAGAGCUUCGGUAUCACUGCGAUUAACGAACCCAUUCUGCUACAUGAACAGCAGCUGACCAUUGAUACACUAACAAAGAAGGCCUCUGAUGUUGGAAUUGGAUUGUUCAUGUUGGUGGCUUUCUCCUUUAUCCCUGUGGGCUUCACCAUGUAUGUCCUGAAUGAACUGUUGAAGAAGGAAAAACAACUCUUGUUCCUCAGUGGAACUGGUCCCCUACUGUACUGGUUCACUGCCAUCUUGUGGGAUAUGCUCAUGUACUGCCUCACUGUAGCACUGACUGUUGCUAUCAUGGCCAUCUUCCAAAAUCCUGUUUACUGGGAGAGAUCCAAUCUACAAGCCAGUGUGUUACUCGUCAUCAUGUAUGGCUGGGCGUCCAUCCCUCUGAUGUACAGCAUGAUGAAGCUGUUCCGAGAUACGUCCACCGCAUACAUGGUUCUCUUCUGUGGCAGCGUGUUUAUAGGAAUCACCACCGCCUGCUGUACCUUCCUUCUGGAGUACUUCUCAGAUUCAGAGAAAAUCCAGCAUGCAUUUGAAAUCCUGAGUUAUGUAUUCCUGGUCUUCCCACAAUUCAGUUAUGUAAAUGGCUUCCUGAAGCUUACGACCAAUCAGCUGCGAACAGAGAUCCUGUCACUGUUUAGCCAGGAUGCCUAUGUGGACCCAUUCUCCUUUGAUAUGCUGGCCUGGAACUUCAUUGCCAUGGGAAUACAGGGAGCUGUGUUCUUCAUCAUCACUCUACUGACUGAGUUUUCAUGUCAUUGUUCAAACAGAGUUCCGCACAGCUUACACUCAGAGGAAGAGAAGGAGGAUGAGGAUGUGAGUGCUGAGCGUGCUCGAGUCCAGGGUGGCACAACGAGCGGGAACUCCGUCACUGUGUCCAAUCUCUCCAAGGUUUAUGGACGUGGGGGACACGACUUCCUGGCAGUGAACCAGUUGUGUUUUGGAGUGAAGAAGGGAGAGUGUUUUGGACUGCUAGGUGUGAAUGGUGCUGGUAAGACUACCACCUUCAGAAUGUUAACAGGUGAUAUCAAGGCCUCUAGUGGAGCAGCAUUCAUCAAAAAUCACAGGAUUGUGUAUGGAGAGUCCAGUUUGGGUCGAGAUAUAGGAUACUGUCCACAGGAGGAGGCUCUGGACCGCUAUCUGACCGGCGGAGAAAUGUUACACUUCUACGCCAGGAUGAGGGGACUCCCCAACAGCUAUAGAAAUUAUUCUGUGCAAGACUUGAUCCAGAGGUUAAAGUUGACAUCCUUUGUUGACAAGCCUGUCCAUACCUACAGCGGUGGAAUGAAGAGGAAGCUCUCUGUAGCCAUAGCUCUACUGGGAGAGCCCAGUGUUGUCUUUCUUGAUGAGCCAACCACAGGCAUGGACCCCACAGCCAAGCGGCAGGUGUGGAACUGUGUGUUAGCAGCCAUCAAGAAUGGACAAUCUGUUGUCAUGACUUCACACAGUAUGGAAGAAUGUGAUGCCAUUUGCACCCGCCUAGCCAUCAUGGUGAAUGGGAGUUUCCAGUGCAUUGGUAGCUCACAACACCUCAAAGACAAGUUUGGAAGUGGACACACAGUGACAAUAUCCCAGUGUGGUCUUCCUUCAGAGAGACAGGAGUUAAUGAACUUUCUGGAAGCAAGGUUCCCAGGGGUAAUAUUCAGGGUACAGCACCAGGGUGUUUUAGAGGUCCAAGUGCCGAGUGACCACACCUCUGUAGCCGACGUCAUCCAAGUUCUGGAUGAGCUGAAAUGUCGAGGAGUCAUCCAGAAUUACUCUGUGUCUCAAACCACACUGGAUGACGUGUUCCUAAGCUUCACCCGCGAGCAGACAGAUGGGGUGGGGGCUGACGGAGAGGAUUCCUACACAGACUUCAGCAGUGAUGCCAGCGAAAACGUCUCACAGAUCAGCAGCUCCAUCGCGAAGAAUCAGUUUGCCUACAUGAACCCAGGUUAUGCUGGAGACAAGGGAGAGAAAAUGGGGCAGCUGUCAGCAGUGUUCAUCAAUCCCGAGGAAGAGUUCACUCCCCUUUGAUCCACUGCAUUGUGAAUGUAGUGUUCUAAUUCCACUGACGUUAUAAGAUUUCAACACUUGUGUUGCUGUUCUACAAGGAUAUUCCAUUGUAUUCUGAUAGUUCUGUGAUAUCUGUUUUCUGACAAGGUGCUUCUAUUUUGUGUUAAGAUUCCUUUGGUCAUUUAUACCCUACUUUGGUGUAUAAUGGUUUUGAUGCACAAAUGUAAAUAUGUGCAGCAGGUCUUGUGAUUUUUUAAAAUAUAAAGUCCAGGAACUGAAUAAAUAAUGCUAUGUCUGACAAACUUUGUCUUCCAACAUAAAGUAAGGAGUUCCACCUAUUGUACAAUUGAAAUCCAUGCAACAGUUCUUAACUGAUCAUUUAUUUAUAAUCAUGCAUUGAACUUUUAUUCUAUUUAUCCAAAUAAGCAGAGUAAAACCUAUUAGAAGAUUAUAUUUUUGUGUACAAUUAUACAAUCAACCAGGGUAAAAAUAUAUGUAUGCUGUUGAUUGUCAAUUAGAAUGUUUGUUUUUUUUUUCCUGUUUUUGAUUACAUGAAUAUGUAUACUAGUACACAAUAUACUGUAAUUAAAAUGUUUAGUGAGAGAUAUUUCUGUUUACUAAGUCUAUAAGUACACCUUGGGGUUAUUUUCGUAAAAAUUUUGAAUAUUUUUAAUCAUGUAUAAAACAAAUUAAUUUUUAUAUCAUUCUAAGUAAAUUUUAAUCUUGCAAAUCUGUAAAUCAAAAGUACACAGAGAUUACUCAGCAAGGUGAACAUUUUCAUAUUUACAGAAUAUACACUGUAAAUUGAUACUCUGGUUUCAUCACCAGUGUUCUUUGUUAUUGUGGUGAGCCAAAACAAUAUAAAGUUCACAUUUUACUAAUUAUAGAAAUAACAAGGUAGCUGUCCAAAAAUUUAUGCAUCAGUGAAGUAGUUUACAGAAAUGACCAACAUCAGCCCCAAAAUCAAAUUUUAAUUGAUAUUUUUAAAAUUAUGGUCUAUUGAAGGGGUAUUUGCAGACUUGAAAGCAUUAAAUACUUUCUACAAUCAUGACAUCAUAAGUUAAAAAUAACAAAGUGUAAAUUUCUUAGAUUUUAAAAGAAUAUAGUGCUGCCAAUAACACUCUUUCUUUCCAUGACAUAUUUUGUUCACUCGGAUUUCAAAUGCAAUAUAGCCAAUAAAUAUGUAUUCUUUGAGUCAAAAGAUUUGAAUAUUUGGGAUGAUAAUAAUUGUAAUAUAUUGUUCUUAGAUCCCACCAAGAUGAUCUUCAUUUAUAAUUCUUUCAUUUUCAUGUACUUUGAUAAAAUAUUUUUCAGUGAGGUAUUGUUAAAAUCUUUAUCACUUUUUGCUUUUUUUUUUUAAUUGUUGUUCAGCAUUUUUAGAAUGUCUUUAUAGCAUAUUAUCUACAAUUAACAAUGCAAUUUUUAAUGAUAUGACUAUUUUAUUUCAUUAAACUGGUUCCCUGUAAAAGCUAUAAUCAUAUUUCAUGAACAAAUAUCCAGUAUAUGUACUCACCUUCUCCACUUUAUUUGUUGUCAUUGGCUUGUUACAGGGAACCAGUUUAUAGCUUGUUGUCAUUUAUAUACUUGGUGCAACUUUGAAUACCAAUGCAAAAUGCUUUAAGUAAUUUUAAUUCUACUGUAUUUACAUGAAAUUCAUUAAAUAAAAAUAUAGUUUAUUAUUC